AUGCCACCGCCUCACGACUGCCAACUAUUGUAUGUGAAUCGCGAUACGUUAUUCUCGUUCCACAAGGCAUCUGAAGCAUUUCUUCACAAUUUAAUGUCUAUCUAUGUAUCUGCCCACUAUAAAAAUUCACCCAACGAUUUGCAGAUGCUUUCGGAUGCACCAGCUCAUCACUUGUUCGUUCUAAUGGGACCAGUUAACGAGACACAAACACAUUUACCUGAGAUAUUAGCGGUUAUUCAAGUGUGUCUCGAAGGUGCACUCAAGUCAUCGACUGUAGCGAAC